AUGCCCUCCAAGAAAGACCGCGUCGAUGCUGGACAGGCAGCGCCUGAUCUGGAAAUAGUUGGGAGCCAAGUAACGCUUCACCCGACUGGUUUCACCGGCGGUUACGACAGCCAAGAUGGCGCCAUCACGGAGAGGAACCUGGUGCGACACAUGGCACGUUUCCGUGAAAACCCCUUUGACUUUCUGCGCGAAGUCAGCCUGUUUGUCUCGGGCACAGGAUGGCGCGCGUACGACUCGGUGAUCGGUCAGCCGGUGUACUACCCCGGCUACUCGGACAACAUCAAGCGUUUGAUCGUGCGCAGCCCUUUGCUCCAGAGCAAGAUGAGGGAUCUAGCCGAGGCUAGGCUGCAGGUCGAGCAAUCCGAAGGAUUGUUUGAUGGUACACCGGAUGCGGUGAAGAAGGCUAUGUCUCGACGGAAAAGCGAAAUUGAGCUGAGCUUGCGGGAUGUGGUGGAGACCAUGAUGGAUAGUAUGAUUUGCAAAAUGGACAGCAAUGCUUUCAUUCGCGGCGCAUACUACAUUACCACGCAGCUAUUAACCCGAGCGUACCACCAGGGUAUCCACGUCUCAAGCGAGGAGGUCCUUCGAUUGAGGUCUGUAGCCCAGGCCGCUGCGGACAAGAAACAAUCGAUUAUUUUUCUCCCCAACCACAAAUCCCACGUCGACUAUGUCUCCCUGCAGGUGAUAUGCUACCGACUUGGCAUAGCGUUGCCUAUUGUGGUUGCUGGGGAUAAUCUCAAUUUCCCGGUUGUUGGUGCCUUUUUACAACACGCAGGUGCUAUGUGGAUUCGCCGUAGCUUUGGUGACGAUCAACUAUACUCCACGUUGGUGCAGACGUAUAUCGAUGUUUUGCUACAGCAAGGAUACAAUUUCGAGUGUUUCAUUGAAGGCGGCCGGUCACGCACGGGGAAAUUGCUCUCUCCAAAAUUUGGUAUCCUGAGCUUCAUCGUUGAUAGUUUGCUGUCCGGCCGAGUUAAAGAUACUAUCAUAUGCCCUGUUAGCACACAGUAUGAUAAGGUGAUUGAAACAGAGUCUUAUAUCAGCGAGCUAUUAGGUCAACCCAAGGCAAAGGAGAAUCUCUCAAAUUUCCUUUCACAGUCCUCUGUCUUGUCAUUGAAGUUGGGUCGAGUUGACGUGCGGUUCCAUGAACCGUGGAGUCUCAAGGAAUUUCUCACGCAGCAAUUGCAGCGUAUCCAAGUAGCCCAGACACUAGGCUCACAAAUAAAGUUGAGCUACUCAGAUCGUGGUCGCGUCUUACGGGCUUUGGGCUACAGAGUUUUAUCAGACAUCAACGAUGUUUCUGUGAUGAUGCCUACUGCAUUGGUUGGCACAGUUCUACUCACUCUUCGAGGCCGAGGCGUUGGAAAAGCAGAAUUGGUCCGUCGAGUCGAGUGGCUUAGUGAACGCGUUCGAGCGAAGGGUGGCCGUGUAGCUCACUUUUACCGCGCUCCCACUUCUCAGGUGGUUGAUCGUGCCCUGGACGUUCUCGGUCCCAAACUAGUUGGCGAGGUCACUGGUUUAGCGGAACCGACGUACUAUGCGGUUGACCGAUUCCAGCUCUCCUUCUACCGGAACAUGACAAUCCAUUUGUUCAUCCCGGAGGCACUCGUCUCAGCCGCGAUGUACACCAAGGUGAAACAGGGUGGUGGCCCUACCAACCAGGACAUUACGUAUGAAGCUUUGCUGGAACAAGUUACUUUCCUGUCACAGAUCUUCCGCGGCGAAUUCAUUUUCCCACCAGAAGGCCUCGUAGCCAAUCUAGGAAAGUCUCUUCACGGACUUGAAAAAGAUGGCGUCAUCAAGAUAGCCAGAAACGCAGCCGGCGCUCCUAUUGCAGUUGGUCUUAGUGAUGCCGAGCGGCAGUGUGGAAGAGAGAACUUUGACUUUUAUUGCUUCCUGAUCUGGCCGUUCAUCGAAGCUACAUGGCUGGGCGCUGUCUCGCUAAUGGGGCUCGCGCCUCCUUUGAACGGACCCUCGGAUGUCUGGGUGAAUUUGAACAAAGCCCAGGAUAGUGCUCAACAGCUUGGAAAAACACUUUAUCAUCAAGGAGACCUGUCCUACUUCGAAGCUGUCAACAAGGAGUCGUUGAAGAACGCCUAUCAAAGGUUUGCAGAAGAGGGGAUUAUUCAGAUUGCGCGAAGCAAAGAGCAACGCACGACCCCCGCCACAAUGAGGCUUGCUCCCGAGUGGACACCACAACGUGAUGAACAGACCGGAAAACUAAUGGAUCGUGGACGGCUUUGGGAUUUCACCGAGAGGAUUGCUCGAUCGAGGCGGGAAGGGAAAAACCGCCGAGAUGGAGCAACCGUAUCUUCACGUGUGCUCACCAUGACCGACACAGUAGGACGACAACUGUUUCAAAGCGUGGCACGAUCUGAUGCGACGGAUAUCAACGUAUCGACGCGUCAAGCACGACGGACGGUCCUGGCGGAGAAAGCGAAUCUGUAG